CACGAUUCGCGACCUCUCACUUGCGCGUGGUGACAGGUAUUAGCACCACUGGCUGUCAAAAUAAGGCGCGAAAAUCUGUUAUUGCAUCUGACAGCGACCGGUGAGCAGUCCAACAGUCUAACAGUUCAGCAGCUCAGCAGUUUAACGGUCUCUUUCCUGCUCUGCCAUAUACCAUUCAUCCUCGGCCAUCGGGCACAUGCUACAGGUUACACCGUACGAGUGAACAGCCUCUCGAUACUCCAACUCCCAUCCUUUCUACUCAAGUCUCUCUUUUAAUCACUACCUCUGUCGAGCCGCCCUGCAUGACGCCUUCACCAUUCCAUCCACGCAACUGGCCGUAAGCGCCUGUCGACGAAUGAGAACUGCGAUGCUGGCGCAAGUCCGGUGGAGCUUGUAAGGAACGACACCACAAUCUGAGCACCGUGAUGACCACCACCGUCGGAAUCCCCUCGGCCGAUGGCCAGUGGCAUUCUGACCAGGAAGAUAUCGCCGUCUGUCCUCAAUCCUCACUCAAACGUCUCGCCCGUCUUCAUGCGAAACGAGCGAAUAUGCGACAUCUGAAGGGAACUGCGACGGUCCGCCAUUUCGAUGACCUAGAUAACGAUCUGUAUCCUCACCCACCUCAGCAUAUCGACCCGCGAGAGCUCGUGUGCGACCAGUGCAAUACUACCGCCUCAUAUUGUUGUGCAGGCCAGUGUGCUCCUCCGACGAAGAGAAGGGCUACGAGCAUCGAGGUAGACCGGUUGAACAGAUCGCUCAGUCCCAUACCAUCUUGCGACGACGCGUCCCUGUACGACAUGGUUGACGAAUGCUGCUUUCAGAGCUGCGACGACAGACAUUGCCCUGAGGCUGCUACGAUUCCAUGCACUGGAGACGAUCAUUGUCCAUCUAAGACUGCCUGCGCAGAUCCAAAGUGCGAAGGCGCGCCGUGCUUCCAGGAUGAAUGUGGGAGUCCACCAUGUACUGAGCCUGCCUGUCCUGAUAAGACAUGCAAAGAAGGCGAACCGUGUAUGGCUGAUGGCUGCCAAUUCGACCCUUGGGACUGUUGUGACCUACUGCAUCCGAAUGAGGACUUCUUAAAUCCUUCAUUUUAUGACGACCAUUGGGCGCAAUUUCAUCCAAAUCAACCCUUCGAGCCACAGUUUCCCAGCAAUGUGUCAUCCAGUCUCCAGCAAAGUAAUGUCAAUCAGUCGGAUCUUACUUCGAAUCAGCAUUCAGAUAUCAAUUGGUACACGGCGCCUUCCUCAAUGCCGCAGAUGGCGCCAACGAUGUUAGAUGCCGCGGGAAAUUUUAACAGUCUAGAGCCUCACCUCUCCGCUGCUGAAGGACUAGCUUUGUUCCAAAAUUCCAGGUCAAAUUUCACCUUCCAAGCGCCUGAUGCCCCAAUGUUUCCGGGCUCAUCCAGCAGACAAAGCCACUCCGACCAGGCCGGAUUCCAAAGCUAUGACAGCGCAUAUCAAAAUUUGGGAAGCUCUACCAUUUCUCCACGCAACUCAACAGGACCUCCUAAUUCUUCAUAUACACCAUCAACAACAGCCGAAAACUCCAAAAUCAACUCUCCAAAUGUGUCCGAAUGCCAUACGCCGCUAUACGGCUUCUAUCCUGGAAUGAACCCUAAAUCCCUAACUGCGUCUGCAUCUCCUGUCAUGCCAAUCAAAACUGAACCUCGUCAAGACGUCGAAUCCCAGCUCACAUGCAAAUGGUUGCUUCCCGGCACCCACUUCGUCUGCAACCAUCAGAGCGCUUCUCCUUCAGACCUGCAGUCCCAUAUACGCGAUGUACAUGUCAAAACCAUGAAAGGCGCGCUCAAAUGCCAAUGGUAUGGCUGUCGCAAUGACAACGACUUCAAGCAGCGCUCAAAAUUGACCCGGCACGUGCAAACACACGCCGGAUACCGGCCGCAUGUCUGCACGUGGCCUGGAUGUGGCCAAUCCUUCGGCACAAAGCAGACUAUGGACAACCAUUUGAAAACCCACGAGCAGGUCAAGCCGUACAAGUGCCGUUACUGCGACGUGACAGCGACAACACCGACGCAGAUCAAAACACACGAAAACAGCGUGCAUCUGUGCCGGAAGAGGUUCAGGUGUCGAUUCUGUGAAUUUGCCUGUACAGACAGCAGUAACCUCAGCAAGCAUGAGAAAACACACAGGAAACGCACAUUCAAAUGUCUCCAUCCUGGAUGCGCUUUCAAGCCGGACUGUCGAUGGGAAAACGCGAAACGCCAUUUCAUGAAGUCAGGCCACUGUCCCGAGCUCCUCGUCAAGGGCUCCGAGGCCCAGGAACGAUACAAGAAGGAGGCCAUGGCAGCAGCCUCGAUUCCGGAUGAGGAGGUGCUUGGUGGCCAGCUUCGAGAGAGAGUGCAACGCCUGAAGGCCGAGCCAUAAGUCCUAGUUCGGAGGCUAGGCGGGAGAAGGGAGGCGCAACAUACGGGGUUGGGGGGAGGGGAACGUGAGGUGUGAGAUAUGUCCAUGGGAUGAUAACGAGUAACACGGGAACUGAGCAUUGAGCUCCAAUUGCAAUUGCAUUAACAUUGCAUUGCACACCUGGUCUGCUGCGAGCAAACGCAAUAGCUGCGCGACCAGGACGACAUGUAUGUAUGAAUCGCGCGUUAGCGCACAUGCUAUAAUAUCAUGAUUUUACGAUCAUGACGUCAAAAAAAUACAAUAAAAGAUAAUAAACA